UUAUGUCACAUCCGUUUCUGGGACGGUUGCUAAGAUACAGGAAGGCUGCGUCUCUGAAAACACAGAAGGGUUUCAUCUUCAGCUUUCUUAAUUUGAAGUUUUUGUAUAUGGGGUAAAGCUUUUUUUCGACAAUGCCGCUAACAACUAUUAAAGACGGCGAAUACACGGCCACCGUGUACAAAAUGAUCAAAGAGGGGCGAUAUGGAGACGCAAUUCAUAUUCUGAGCAAAGAGCACCAGAAACACACUAAAUCCAGGGCUGCUCUGUCUCUGCUGGGCUACUGCUACUAUCACAUGCAGGACUUCACUAAUGCCGCAGAAUGUUAUGAACAGCUGACACAGCUUCACCCAGAGGUCGAGGACUACAAACUUUACUAUGCUCAGUCUCUGUAUGGAGCGUGUGCCUUCCCAGAGGCCAUGAAAGCCACUUUUCUCUUGGACACCACAACUAGUCAUACUAAGAUGAUUAAACUGCAAGCUGCCAUCACAUAUGGAGAGGAAGAUUUUUCAGGUGCAAAGACUCUGGUUGAGCAGUUGCCUCAGGACGAUCCAGACUAUGAUGUAGAUCUGGGGUGUUUGCUUUAUAAGGAGGGCGAGUAUGAAGAGGCUUGCAAAAAGUUUACGUCCUCCAUGAAUGUACUGGGCUACCAGCCAGAUCUGGCCUACAAUAUAGCACUUUGUUACUACAGUUUAAAGCAGUACGCUUCAGCACUCAAAUAUAUUGCAGAAAUUAUUGAACGUGGAAUCAGAGAGCAUCCAGAGCUCAGUAUUGGAAUGACAACAGAAGGCAUUGAUGUAAGAAGUGUCGGCAACACCCUCGUCCUGCACGAAACUGCUUUGAUUGAAGCCUUUAAUCUGAAAGCAGCUAUUGAAUACCAGCUGAAGAACUAUGCUGCCGCACAGGAAGCACUUACUGAUAUGCCCCCCAGAUCAGAAGAGGAGCUAGAUCCUGUCACUCUUCACAACCAGGCCCUAAUGAACAUGGACACCAAGCCCACAGAGGGUUUUGAGAAACUUGCUUUUCUCCUUCAGCAAAACCCCUUUCCUCCUGUCACUUUUGGCAACUUACUAUUGCUUUAUUGUAAACAUGAGUACUUUGACCUUGCUGCAGAUGUCUUGGCUGAAAAUGCUCAUCUCACUUACAAGUUCCUCACACCGUACCUCUAUGAGUUCCUGGAUGCCAUGAUCACAUGUCAGACAGCACCUGAGGAAGCUUUCCGAAAAUUUGAUGAAAUUGCUGGAAAACUGAUUGAGCAGCUGCGCAAGGUUACGAAACAGGUGCAGGAAGCAAGGCACAAUCGGGAUGAUGAAUCUCUAAAAAAAUAUGUCCAAGACUAUGACGAGGUUCUUGAGAGGUACAUCCCUGUACUAAUGGCACAGGCCAGAGUCUACUGGAACCGUGAGAACUACAGCAUGGUGGAAAAGAUCUUCCAUAAGUCACUGGAGUUCUGUAAUGAGCACGACACUUGGAAACUUAAUGUUGCUCAUGUGCUCUUCAUGCAAGACAACAAAUAUAAAGAAGCCAUAGGCUUCUAUGAGCCCAUCGUUAAGAAGCAUUAUGAGAAUAUCCUUAACGUCAGUGCGAUUGUCCUUGCUAACCUGUGUGUGUCAUACAUCAUGACCAGCCAAAAUGAAGAGGCAGAGGAACUGAUGAGGAAGAUAGAGAAAGAAGAGGAGCAAAUCUCGUAUGAUGAUCCGGACAAAAAAAUCUUUCAUCUGUGUAUUGUCAACCUUGUAAUAGGGACUUUGUAUUGUGCUAAAGGGAACUAUGACUUUGGCAUUUCUCGUGUCAUAAAAAGCCUUGAGCCUUACAACAAAAAGCUUGGAACAGACACGUGGUUCUAUGCUAAGAGAUGUUUUCUGUCACUGCUGGAAAACAUGGCCAAGCACAUGAUCAUGCUCAGGGAUUCAGUGGUGCAAGAGUGCAUUCAGUUCCUAGAGCACUGUGAAUUGUAUGGAAAAGAUGUGCCUGCCAUCAUAGAGCAGCCUCUGGAGGAGGACCGCAUGCACAUUGGCAAGAACACGGUCACGUAUGAAUCACGCCUGAUAAAAGCCCUCUUCUAUGAAGUCACAGGGUGGAAUGAGUAAUCAUUCAACUUCAUAUAGCUGUAUCAGAACAAGAUAUUGGGCAAAUAUUCACCACAGACCACAGUCUUCUGACUGGUGUUUUACACCAAUUUCAUGGAUGGAUGGAGGUCUAACUAAUAAAAGACAUCUCAACGUGGCUACUUUGUAAGCAGCUUUGGAGAUAUCAUGCUGUUUCUGGACUGAAUUCAAACAUGCAUUUUUAAGCAUGCUUUCUCUAUAAUAAUAAACACACAGGGGUCCACUGCCUCAAACCUGAAAACUUAAACUAAGAGAAAAUAGUCAGCAACAAAGGGCAUUUUGUUAAUUUAAACUAACCUCUGUAUGCAUUAAAAUAAUAAAAAAAAUGGCUAUAUUUAA